AUGCUCGGCUCUGGACGCAGAAGCGCCGCGGAGUGGAGGAACGCGGUGGAGGCCGAGAGACUCCAAUGCCCAGCGGGCCGUGCGCGGGUGGCGCUUGCGCGCUGCGCCGACGGGGGGGCGGUCGGGCCAUUUAAAUGUGUGUUUGUGGGUGAAAUGGCUGCGCAGGUCGGAGCGGUGCGCGUCGUGCGGGCGGUGGCGGCGCAGGAGGAGCCGGACAAAGAGGGCAAGGAGAAGCCCCACGCGGGGGUCUCGCCGCGGGGCGUGAAGCGGCAGCGCCGAGCGAGCAGCGGGGGGUCCCAGGAGAAGCGGGGGCGGCCCAGCCAGGACCCCCCGCUCGUCCCGCACCGGCGGCGCCGCAGCCGCCAGCCGCCCGGGCCGCCGCCGCCGCCGCCGCCGUCGGCCGCCGCCAGCCUUCCGGGCCCGGGGGAGCCGCUCCUGCUGCCGCCGCCGCCGCCGCCGUCCGCGCCCGCGCCCGCGCCCGUGGCCGCCCCGCUGCCGGCGCCGGGCGCCGCGGCCCUCUUCACCUUCUCGCCGCUGACGGUGAGCGCGGCCGGGCCCAAGCCCAAGGGCCACAAGGAGCGGCACCGGCACCACCACCACCGCGCCGCCGAGCCUGAGCCCGGCGCGGGGCACCAGGACCAGCAGGAGAAUGGCGAGCGGGCCGCCGGGGCGCCCCCGACCAAGGCCCCCAAGAGAGAAACACCAGAUGAAAAUGGUAAAACCCAGAGAGCUGAUGAUUUUGUCUUGAAGAAAAUAAAGAAGAAAAAGAAAAAGAAACACCGAGAAGAUAUGCGAGGAAGACGCCUUAAAAUGUACAAUAAGGAAGUACAAACCGUCUGUGCUGGUCUGACCCGUAUCAGUAAGGAAAUUCUCACCCAAGGACAAAUAAAUAGCACUUCAGGAGUUAAUAAGGAGUCCUUCAGGUAUCUGAAAGAUGAACAGCUGUGCCGGUUAAAUUUGGGAAUGCAAGAAUAUCGGGUACCCCAGGGAGUACAAACACCUUUUAUGACUCACCAGGAACAUUCUAUUCGUAGAAAUUUCUUAAAAACAGGUACUAAAUUUAGCAACUUUAUUCAUGAGGAACACCAGUCCAAUGGUGGUGCUCUUGUCCUUCAUGCUUACAUGGAUGAACUCUCAUUUUUGUCUCCAAUGGAGAUGGAGAGAUUUUCUGAGGAGUUUCUUGCUUUGACAUUCAGUGAAAAUGAGAAAAAUGCUGCUUACUAUGCUUUAGCAAUAGUGCAUGGAGCAGCUGCUUAUCUCCCAGACUUCUUGGAUUACUUUGCUUUUAAUUUCCCCAACACUCCAGUGAAAAUGGAAAUUCUGGGCAAGAAAGAUAUUGAAACAACCACCAUUUCAAAUUUUCACACUCAGGUCAACAGGACGUACUGCUGCGGCACCUACCGAGCAGGCCCUAUGCGGCAGAUAAGUCUUGUUGGAGCAGUAGAUGAAGAAGUUGGGGAUUACUUCCCAGAGUUCCUUGAUAUGCUAGAAGAAUCACCAUUUCUGAAAAUGACUUUGCCCUGGGGAACGCUUUCUAGCCUCCGGCUCCAGUGUAGGUCCCAGAGUGAUGAUGGACCUAUUAUGUGGGUGCGGCCUGGAGAGCAGAUGAUCCCCACAGCAGAUAUGCCAAAGUCACCCUUCAAAAGACGACGAUCAAUGAAUGAAAUAAAAAAUCUCCAGUACCUACCUCGGACCAGUGAACCCCGUGAAGUCCUCUUUGAAGACAGGACAAGAGCGCAUGCUGAUCAUGUAGGUCAGGGGUUUGACUGGCAGAGUACGGCUGCUGUUGGGGUUUUGAAAGCUGUACAGUUUGGUGAAUGGAGUGACCAGCCUCGCAUAACCAAAGAUGUGAUUUGUUUUCAUGCUGAGGAUUUUACAGAUGUUGUACAGAGACUUCAAUUAGACCUUCAUGAACCUCCAGUUUCCCAGUGCGUGCAGUGGGUGGAUGAAGCUAAACUAAACCAAAUGAGGCGGGAAGGCAUUCGUUAUGCUAAAAUUCAGCUAUGCGACAAUGAUAUUUACUUCAUCCCUAGAAAUGUCAUUCAUCAGUUCAAAACAGUGUCUGCAGUGUGCAGCUUAGCCUGGCAUAUACGGCUCAAACAGUAUCACCCUGUGGUGGAAGCCGCUCCAAACUCAGAGAGCAAUUCUAACACGGAGUGUAAUUUCACUGGAAAGCGAGAGUUAGAAGUUGACUCUCAAUGUGUGAGGAUAAAAACUGAAUCUGAAGAACCCUGCACAGAGAUGAAUCUAUUGACAGCAGCUUCAUCCUCCUUCCCACCUUCAUCAGAACUGAACCUACAGAAAGACCAGAUGACUCAGCCUAUUCCCAUUUUAAAGGUGGAAAGUAGACUGGACUCCGACCAGCAACACAAUCUCCAGGAACAUUCCAGCACGCCUGUGUGAUUUGUACAUAUAUCCAAACACAUUUUUUAACUUUUUUAAAUUUUGAUGUGAAGUUAUAGUUUUAUAACUGGCUUAAGUUAAGUUUUAUUGGAGAAAUCUUGCCUAUAAUUCUAUAAAGAGAAAUGACAUUCCACAAAUGUCAAGCAUAUCUUUUUUACACAGAUUAUGCAAAGUUAAGAGUUGUAUCUUAUCCCGUUAGUACAGUAUGUAAUAGUGGGUCUGCUGCUACUUUCUGUUUUAAGGUGUGAGGCAACAAUUCAAUCUCUUCUUCAAAUCAAAAUGAGAAUUCUCUGGAAUAACAGAUUCUUAUUUGGUAAAUUAUUCAGGUCCCUUAACUUUAUCUUGCCCUGUCUCUUGCCAUAUUUGCUGUUUUAUGAAGACCAGAUUUAUAAUUUAGUACUCGUGUCUUUAUGGCAUAAACUGAAUUUCUACAGUAAAAAUGGCUUAAGGUGGCAGAGAGAAUACCUGUAUCUUUAUAUAUGGGCAAAUAAGUUAUUUACUUCCAAACAUAAAAAAAAAAAAACCCAAAAACAAAUAGUUUCUAAGGAAAAUUCAGUGGCUCUCUGGUUUCUUAACAAAAGAGAAAGCAUAGCACUUUCUGAUCCAAGCUGUCUUUUUUGUAUCUGUUAUUUAAAGCCCAGUGAAUAUUUCAAUUAAAAAUAUCUAAAGAUGAAUAGUUCUUGUUCAUUCAUUAUCUACGGUUCAUGAAUCUCUUCUAGAAUACAUGGUAACUAUGGAAGAUAUUUUGGGUAAAAGAGCUGAAUGAUACUCUGUUGUUCUGCUUCCUAGUAUCCUCACAAUUAUGUGUGGAUACUUAUGCUUCCUCUAUUGAUCAUGAGUAUCAAACUUAAAAAAUGGUAUCUUUCUCAUGAGGCUGCCAUAUUUGUGCAUAAAACUUAGGAAAAACUACUUUUGUCACCUGGCAUCAGUAUUUGUGAUAAAGACCUACUGUUGACACAUUUCAGUUCACAGUUUUAACUGGUAAAUACACAGAUUUACUAAUUUUAUUAUUUACUACUGCUCUGUGUUGCUAUUUUCUGACAAAGAAUGUAGCAUUAGACUCAUCCUAGAGUUUUAAGGUAGCCUCAGGUUUAGUGCCUGAGUAUUAA